UGACUGAGUGAUAGUCGUGAGUGAGUACGCGCUUUUCCCAAACAGAUGGUGGGGGGGCUGAUGGGCACACACCUUGGCGCCUCAUACUACGAGCGGCUGACGGGGGUCGCCAACACACUCAAUUUUAUGGACGACUCCGCACUCCUCGAGGAGAUGCACUACAUGGACCACUGCGUCAUCCUGCCCCGCUUCCGGCGCGCCCUCCACGUGGGCAACAAGACUUUCCAUCAACCCUUUUACCUAGGAAAGUUUUUCAAGGCUGAUGUUUUCCGCAGCACCAAGCCCUGGAUUGAGGAGAUGCUGAACAACAGCGUCAAGGUGCUAAUGUACAACGGGCAGCUGGACCUCUCGGUGCCCUACGCGUCCACGGAGCGUCUGGCGCGCACGCUCCACUGGCCGCACAAGGAGGAGUACAUGCGAGCGCCGCGGCGUGCGUGGGAGGUGGAGGGGCAGGUGGCGGGCUACGUCAAGGAGGCGCGGGGGCUGGUGCGGCUGUUGGUGCGCAAGGCCAGCCACACCGUAGGCCACCUCCGACCACACUGGAUGUUUGACAUGUUCAGCAGGUUCAUGACGCGCGACACUUUCCUGUAAGGGUGGUGGGAGCGUCCGCCAACCUGUGGGUCGCGUCGGCCAAGGAAAGCCCCGUUCACACUGUGCCGACUCUGGGCCACGACAACCCAGCGACUUUUCCAUUUGACAAGUUGGUUCCCACGCUCAAAGAAGGGGGGGAGGUUUUACUGGCUUUUUUUUUUUUAUUAAUGUUUACUUUUUUGUGCCCUUGAGCUGUCUCCUUUGCUGUAAAAAAAAAAAAAAAAAAAAAAAAAAACUAGUUGCCAGCAUGUCGUGCUAACCCUCACGACUCCAGACUCCCGUCACGACGUCGGCGCAGCAUUCGGCAACAGUCUCAAGACUUCUUUCAAGACAUGCCCGACCCUUUCACAUCAACAUCCAAGACCUCGUGUACCCUAGAGUCGUGGGUAGUCGUGGCCCAGAGUCGGCACAGUGUGAACGGGGCUGAAGAGGACGUUAAAUCACUUCCCAAUGGGUCAGUGCUGCCGGUGGCCGGGCCGGAGCGCCUUUCGGCUGUGGGAUCAUAGAAGGACAUAACGAGGUGAAUACUGGACAGAUAAAAGGGGAAUUUGGGUUAGACUUGGUGUUGUUUCAGGGAAUCAAAAUAUUGUGGCCAAGGCCUUGAGUGUGUAUGUUGUAGAUUUAUGCUUCACAAAUAUACUGUGUAACGGAGAGGUGAAGUAAUCUCAUGAACCUCUGGCCUAAAAGCACCCAGAUAUUUGCAUGUUGCGGGUGGAUUUUAAUUAAAUCCUCUCCCUGACACAUGGCGGCCAUUUUUAAAUAUCCUAUCCUGUAAAAUAUGCUUUCAACAUCUUAAAAAGACAUUACUCAUAAACUUAUCAGCCGAUUUCAAUAAUUUCUUUUUAUUUUAAAGAAUAAAUUAUGCUCUUUGUUUCGUGUUGACCAAAAUG